GAGAGCUCCUGUAGCCACGUGAUCACUCUCCAAAGAAACGAGCCUCCUAAUGGAGUCUGACAGAGGAGGAGGAAGAAGAAAGACAGGGAGACGUGGUGGCGACAGACUUCAUUUGGAAGAGGACAGAGAUGUCAGGUUGUCUAAAUCUAUGUCGUAUGCUCUUCGCCAUGGAGCCAACCACAUGGGUCUACACUUAAGUGUGGAUGGUUACCUGUUUGUGGAGGACCUCCUGGCUCACCCGCAGUUUCGCUCGUACAAACUGGAGGAUGUUGAGAGAGUGGUGGCCACAAAUGACAAGCAGCGUUUUAAGAGCCGUCCUCACCCAGAAGACUGCCGCUUGCAGAUUCGAGCCAAUCAGGGACAUACAUUGCAGGUAACGGAUUUGGAGCUCAAGCCGGUUCUGGCUGGGUCUCCUGACUGUCCUGCUGAGGCUGUUCACGGAUCCUACAUGUACAACUGGAGCUCCAUUCAGCAGCACGGCCUGAGUCGCAUGAGGAGGACACACAUCCAUCUGGCCCCAGGCUUGCCACAGGAAAAUGGUGUAAUAAGUGGUAUGAGGAGAGACUGUGAUCUAGCUAUAUUUAUUGAUGUACGCAAAGCUCUUGCUGAUGGUAUUGAGUUCUUCUGGUCAGACAACCGUGUUUUGCUGACAACAGGGAACUUCGAGGGAAAACUGCUCCCGGCGUACUUCAGCCGAGCCAUUCGACUCAAGCCGACAAAUGUGUCGUCCUUUUUUAGGGAGCAUCCUGCCACUGUGAUGCCAGCAAAAGAUUGAGCAACAAUUGGUCAAAAGAUUGAUCAACAAGUCUAUCCAACCAUCCAUUUUUUAUGCCGUACAUUCUCAUUCAGGUCAUGAGUGAGCUGGAGCCUAUUCUAGAUCACUUUAGACAAAAGGCAGGCUACACUGGGACAUUCACACAUAUGGACAAAGUGAGUCUUCAGUGACCUAACAUGCAUGUUUCUGGAAUGUGGGAGGAAGUUGGAGGGGCCCAUGCAAGCAGGGGGAGAACAUGCACACUCCACACAGGAUGGCCAGAGCCAAGAUUUGAACCCCAAACCUCAGAAGAGUGAGGCAGACGUGCUAACUGCAAACAACAAAAGUUGGGAAGUCUUAUUAUUGAAAGGGAUUGACUAUUUAUAACCAUUGUCACAUUUUAAUUACAAGUGCUUUUGAGUUGUUUGUGGUGUUUGGCACUCAUUUACUUCCAAAUCUAACUCUCCAAAGACAACAAUACACAAGGCUGCAUACAAACAACCAGGCAGACCUAAAAUAACCUGAGAUGAAUGCUCAGCAUAUCACUGUGUGAAAAUGGUAAUGGCUUCUGAUGCCUUGACAACAGGGUGUGAACACAAGUGAGCGUUAAACACAAUUUAUUUUAUUAAAAGGGUAAGUGGUAAACGUUUGGAGUUUCCAUCCAUUUUUUUCUCACGGAAUUCAUCUGCUAUUUGUGUUGAGACAAGUAACAAUGAGGUAAGUGUGCUAUAGAUUGGUCACUGGUCAUUAGGGGUGUGGAAUGUAUUCUGAACAUUCUGUGUUAUAUCUUUGAUCUUUUGACAUUUGUCACACUGGCAGGACAAAGCCUUUUCAACAUGGUUUUCUGCCUGAUGGUCGAUUCUGGUCCCAGAAACAAUGCAGAUCCUUUGGUGUGUUUGAGUUCUAGAGCGCCUCGUGUCCGCCUGUCAGCUUGUGGAAGAGCUCCUCGUUGAGCUUGUCGCUCUUGUCGCGACUUCGUGUCGACAUGAAGAUGUAGCCCCCGAUGAACUCAUGAACAAUUUUGCAGUCGGCUGUCACGCAGCUGAAGGCGAUGUUGAUGUUCCCCUCAAACUCAAUGGCCACCUGCGAUGUGUUUGAAAUUCCACAAACAGUAGCAAUUACCUUUUUGCAGAAUAAAUGAGUAUCACUCCACUAAUUUAUUUAACUCCCUCCUUCGACAAGAUGUUGGUGUGUAUUUGUGUUUUUUUAAUCAUCUGUCCUUUAAUGGGGAGGCAUACAGUGGUGCCUUAAGAUAUGAGUUUAAUUUGAACGUGACCACGUUCGUAACUCAAAAACACACUCAAAUCAUCUUUCGCCAUUGGAAUGGAAAUCCCAUGAAUUUGUUAUAGACUUCUCAAAAAAAUAUAUAUAUAUUUUGCAAUGUGUGUUUUGCAAAAAAUAGCCCUCAAUCACAAUUUACUUUGUAAAAAAAAAAAAAAACGUGAUUACAAUGUUUUUUGUUUGUUUGUUUUUGCUUUUUUUUUUAAACCUGUCCUGUUCAGCUGCAUGGCCUUGCAGAAUGGUGGAUCUGUAUGCCUUUGUGCUGGAACAGCUUUGCUGUGCAACAGGGGAGUUUGAAAAACUUCCUCUGCUUAUUUUAAUUUUUUUAUUAUGUUUUUUGAAAAUGCAGCCGGACAGAAAAGCGGGAUAGAGUGGACAAGGGGACUAGGGGAGAGAACCACGGCUGAACAAUAGUGAGACAGUCUAGAUAUUUGAACACAAGUAACAUUACAACAGUCAAAUCGUGUUCUUACUUGUGGAUGGUGGGGAAGACACCUGGUGCAUGCAAUAACUAAGCAAGAGAACAAGAGAGGACAGAAAAGGGAAGGACAGGAUGUGGAAAAAUGUCCAAGGCAGUGCUAUUGAUGAGUGGUGGGGUGUGAUUCAUUUUUUAGUGUCUAAACACCUGGAAGAACCUGUGAGUUGAUAUGUUAGUAUAACCUGUGUUGUUGUUAGUGAUCCCAGCACAAUUAAAGCCUAUUGUGUGUCUAUCGAACUUGGAUGAACACCAUAUCACAUGCAUGUUAGUCAACUGGUAUACGGAGUUGCUGAGCCGGCACAUUGAGGACAACUUAUUUAGUAAGCUGAAGUAAUAUUAGUAAUUUUCACAAAGGAUAAAAAAUAUAUACCUGUAUUAUAUCGUCUGUCUACAUGUGUUGUGCCACCGUUUCUGUUCAAAUGAUAUUCGUUAGCCUCCCUGCAAUUUGAAUUGUUGGCAUUAAGCGAAACUGACUUUAUUGAAGCAAUUGAAUACACAUCGUGUAAUUUUCUUUGUUUUAUGUUUAGUUUGACUAAAUUUGAACUGGCAGAAGCAUUAAAAACGUUGAAUUUUAACUAUGGGCCAUAUUCUCUCGUUGGUGCCUAAGUCUAUUUUACGCACCUGGCUUGUGCGCUGUCAAGGUGCGUGGAUUCCCCAUGAUGACGUCUGACACAACCACCGCGCGUACCCGGCUGGUUUGCGCGUAAUUGUGGAAUUUUCCUUGACGCAUGAAUGCGGGCUGUCACUGGGGCCGCCAGAACAUGGGGGCAGUUAACUGAAUCAAAAUGUACUUGCAAUAUGAUGUUUCACCUUUGCGGGGCACUAGAGUUCAGCCUCUGGAAUGAAGAUGAGAAAAUUCUUUGAGGGAAUACGCGCGAGGCCAGAUAUGCGAGGGAACGCCCACACUCCAGGGUUACUCCACCCAUUCACACAUGGCCAGAAGGUGAGCAAAUGGUAGAAGUAAGUUGCCAGUCAAUUACUAAAACUGCCUUUUACCAUCUGAAGAACAUAUCCAGAGUGAAGGCUUGCAUGUGUCAAGCAGACCAGGAAAAACUCAUCCAUGCUUUUAUCUCAAGU